UCUGCUCUCGACAGCUCUAUGGCCAUUUCGCUAAUUUAGUCGUGCUCAUUUACAGAGUCCUGGCAAUUCACCACGCCAUAUUGGCAACCCUCCACGCCACCGAUUUCCUUGUCAGCAUCGACUUCCUCUUCCUUUUUACCGAACGGCGUGGUGACGGAAGGUCCAGACAACUUGCUAAAAUGGCUGCCCGGCCACUUAUUUCUGUACACAGCGAGAAGGGUGAGGCUACUGCCACCAACAUUGCCCUCCCUGCAGUCUUUAAGGCCCCAAUUCGCCCGGACAUUGUUAAUGCCGUGCAUUUUCAGAUGUUGAAGAAUACCCGCCAGCCAUAUGCUGUGUCUGAGAAAGCAGGUCAUCAGACAUCAGCCGAGUCCUGGGGUACUGGACGUGCUGUGGCACGUAUCCCACGUGUGCGUGGUGGCGGUACUCACCGUUCUGGCCAGGGUGCUUUUGGCAACAUGUGCCGUGGGGGGCGUAUGUUCGCCCCCACCAAGACAUGGCGCCGCUGGCACAGAAGGAUCAAUGUGAACCAGAGGCGCUACGCUAUCACAUCUGCCAUUGCUGCAACUGGUGUUCCUGCUUUGGUUAUGUCCAAAGGUCACCGCAUUGAGGAGAUUCCUGAAGUUCCCCUUGUUGUCAAUGACAAAGUGGAGGAAAUCAAGAAGACCAAAGAGGCUGUUGCUGUCUUGAAAAAGCUGAAGGCAUGGUCUGAUAUUGAAAAGGUGUACAACAGCAAACGCUUCCGUGCUGGAAAAGGAAAGAUGAGGAACCGUAGGCGCAUUCAACGCCGCGGCCCCUUGGUGAUUUACAAUCAAGACAAUGGAAUCACAAGGGCUUUCAGAAAUAUCCCAGGUGUCACUUUAAUCAGUGUGGACAGGCUGAACCUGUUGAAAGUUGCUCCUGGUGGCCAUGUUGGACGUUUCUGCAUCUGGACAGAGUCUGCUUUCAAGCGCCUGGACAGCAUUUAUGGAACAUGGAAAAAGGAAGCCACAGAGAAGAAAGGCUACAACCUCCCAAUGCACAAGAUGGCUUCAUUUGACUUGGCUCGUCUGUUGAAGAGUGAUGAGAUUCAGUCCGUGAUCAGGGAACCCAAGAAAGAGGUCCGCAGAAGGAUUUUGAAGAAGAAUCCUCUGAAGAACUAUCGUGUGAUGGUUCGACUGAACCCAUACGCCAAGCAUGCUAAGAAACAAGCUGCCCAUAUUGAGACAACCCGCAAGCGUGCAAAGGAAGAGCUGUUGAAUAAGAAGCGGGGUAUCACCAAGCCUCUGGAGCCCCUCCCCAAGGGCAAGGCAGCCAAGAGGAAAGCUAAGAAACAGGCCAAGAGAGCUGGGGCAAAGAAGACCACCAAACCCGCCAAGAAGUAAAUCUGUAGGCUGGGACAAAUGGCUGAUGUCUGAAUAAAAAAAAAGAAAUUGUUUGAA